AUGUUGGUGUACGGCAGUAGCUAUAGACCGAUUUCGGUGAUGGAAGACGAAGCCAACGAUGGAGAUGGAGGAAAAAGAAGAUACGACAGUGGCAAGAUGAGGGAUACAGAGCUGAAAUUGGCACAACCCAGUUCCAUCUUCACGAAAUGCAUUGAAAAUUCUGAUGACGGCACUACUCACCCGAUUCCGGCAACCUCCACAUUUUUAAAGCUUAAAGUAUUCUUCGUUAACUUUCCGAUUCAGGGAAAGUGUUUGAGUUUGACAAUUUGUCAAAUGUCUUAA